UGCAAUGCAUGUUGUGCAGGCUAUGAUCUAGCUAUCGCAAAAAAUUGAACUUAGAAAGGAUGCUCGCUGUAGUGCAGUGUGUAUAGUUGUAGCUGCUGCUACUGCUCGCCAUGGCCUCCUCCCUGUCAGUCCUGGUGAUCCUGUGCCUAGCGGCGUCGGCCUCGGCGCAACUGUCGCCGACAUUCUACUCUAGGUCGUGCCCCCGAGCCCUGGCCACCAUCAAGGCCGCCGUGACGGCAGCGGUGGCACAGGAGCCUCGCAUGGGGGCUUCCCUGCUCAGGCUCCACUUCCAUGACUGCUUUGUCCAAGGCUGUGACGCGUCAGUGUUGCUGAACGACACGGCCACCUUCACCGGCGAGCAGACUGCGUUCCCGAAUGUGGGAUCCAUCAGAGGCUUCACCGUGGUCGACAACAUCAAGGCGCAGGUGGAGGCCGUGUGCAAUCAGACCGUCUCCUGCGCCGACAUCCUCGCCGUCGCCGCCCGCGACUCCGUCGUAGCGUUGGGAGGCCCUUCAUGGAGGGUUCUUCUCGGGAGGAGGGACUCGACGACGGCGAGCUUAUCUCUGGCCAACAGCGACCUGCCGGCUCCGACCUUGGAUCUCGCCAAUCUCACCGCCGCAUUCGCCAGGAAGGGCCUUAGCAGAACCGACCUGGUAGCUCUCUCAGGAGCGCACACGAUUGGGCUGGCGCAGUGCCUGAAUUUCCGGGGUCACAUCUACAACGACACCAACGUGAACCCGGCCUUCGCGACGCUGCGGCGGGCCAACUGCCCCGCGGCGGCCGGCAACGGCGACGGCAACCUGGCGCCGCUGGACACCACGACGGCCACCGUGUUUGACAACGCCUACUACACCAACCUGGUGGCGCAGAGCGGGCUGCUGCACUCGGACCAGCAGCUGUUCAACGGCGGCGCCACGGACGGCCUGGUGCGCACCUACGCGUCCACCCCGACACGGUUCAACAGGGACUUCGCCGCGGCCAUGAUCAGGAUGGGGAACCUCAGCCCGCUCACCGGGUCGCAGGGCCAGAUCAGGCGAGCCUGCUCAAGGGUAAACUAGCUAGUAGCAGGACACACGCAUAUGCAGGAUCAGCUCCCAUAAAAAGUGUACGUAAUAAUUAAGGCCGGUCGUUCGGCCACUGUCACUUGUGUGGUGCUUGUGCUUGUGCUUGUACUGAUGGUUCAUGCACAGGAACGUACAGCCCUUUUUUAAUUUGGUCAUCAACAUCAAGUGUGUGAAAUGACGACAGAAAGUGGCUUGUAGCCUACCCAUAUCAUGCAAAUGCUUGAGGGGCCCAUAUAUAGUUCUAUUGCCCAAUCAUGUUGUAGUGUUACAGUUGCAAAAUGUCAUUAUGACAGUUCCAUUCAA